AUGUUCGGCACUAUCCGAUAUGACAAGGACACGAAUAGUCGUGAGCACGUAGAGCUCCAAAGGGCCAGUGGACUUGAGGCCAGAGGCUAUACCCCAAUUGCCUGUGACCGCUGUCGAUCGCGAAAGCUAAAAUGCAGCGGCGAGAAAGACGGUUGUGAGAAAUGCCAAACCGCCUCGGUUACUUGCACGUAUCGCGAUAUCUCGUCAAUUAAAGACAGUAGAAGGUUGUCAAAACGGGUGCGCCCUUGCAACAACCAGCUGCCCACUCCGAGCUCAUGUCAGGCUUCCUACCGCAGUCAACGACAGCCCUUGGACACAGAGAUGGACCAAGAGCCUGCUCAAAGCACAUCUGACUCUGAGCCGCUAAAUUGGCCAAACUCAUCUUCCGAGGAAUUCACCGAACUGCCUAAUACGUGGGAGAGCUCGAUCUUGCCUUUUCAGCCUACCUUCCCUACAAUGAUGGAUGAUCAUGCAACCCUCGGGCUUGAUAUAUCGAACGGGAUGCACGGGGUUCUGGAGAGCAAUCAGUCGUCGACAGACCCCGAGAAUAUAUUCGACGCAGUCCUCGAUACUCAGGCGGCCUACCACCACACAACCGCCCCAUCUCAACCAGCCCGUCCGAACGACAAUACUCAAGAGAGACGGACAGGAUGGAGCUCUUUACUAGGAGGUAAUCUACCAACCACUCAUAGCGCUAACAAGAGUGCUUCCCCUCCCUCAAGAUGCGAUUGUUUGCGUGACGUGGCUCGUUUCUUGGAGGUCAUUGGGGUGGAAUCAAUAGAGACGAGAGCUGAUAUGCUUCUAAAAUGCGUUGAUCGAGGAAUGCAGGUCUGUAGGGAGGCACUCAGUUGCUCAGGCUGUAGUGUCCGUGGUGACAACGGCAUGUUUCUAGCUGUCGUCUUACAGCAGCUCGUCACUCUGACUCGUACCGCAUCAGACAAGCUUCUGGCUUGGAACCACGAAAAUAGGAACUGCCAAGGGUCUUCUUCCGGGGCCCACAUUCCCAUCGUCUGCAUUGACCAGUAUAGAAUCGAAGUACCAGAUUUCAAGGUAUCGCUUAUUCUCCACGUGGCGUUGUUGCACUUUUUCGGUUUGCAAGGCCUAGCGAACAGAAUUAAGGAUAAGCUUAGACCCAACAGUUUCGCAGGGCGGCUAAUUACAGAUUGCGAAAGAAUUAUUGUUAAUACCAUCGAGAUGAUUCGUGACAAGGCAUCACAUUCGAUGCCUAUGAGUUCUGCGUUUUAG